AUGGAUCCUCAGCACGGACAGCCAUCUUCGCAUUCUCAAGACGGCCAUCCGCAGGCUGUCUAUGACACCAGCCAGGGCGGCCACUAUGGCGCCUGCGCGGCACUCGCUGCCAAGGGCUUUGCGCCAGCUGAUCUUUACACUGGGCCUUGGGCGAACGUUCACCAAGGGCUUACUGGUCAGUAUAAGGACAUCCUCACCACUUACUGGCAGCACACUAUCAACCAUCUGGAGAGCGACACGCACGACUACAAACUUCACCAACUGCCUCUGGCGAGGAUAAAAAAAGUUAUGAAAGCAGAUCCCGAGGUCAAGAUGAUAUCUGCGGAAGCGCCAAUACUCUUCGCAAAAGGAUGCGACAUAUUCAUAACCGAACUCACUAUGCGAGCUUGGAUUCACGCGGAAGAAAACAAGCGCCGGACUCUUCAACGAUCUGACAUUGCUUCGGCCCUCAGUAAAUCAGACAUGUUUGACUUCUUGAUUGAUAUUGUCCCUCGUGAGGAGGCCUCAUCCCAUGCCAAGCGCGCUGCGGCGCAGUCGAGUGCAGGCGCGCAGGGAAUACCCGUUGCACCUCCUACGACGUCACAACUCCCUGGCCAACACGGAGGCCUGACUCAACCCCCGAGUCAUGGACAAUCGUCUCAUCAGAUAGGACCAACCGACUACGGCCUUGCCGGGCAUGCUAUCGGUCCCGAACAAGAUUACCGCCAGCCUGGCAUGUACCCGGGCCAGGUCCAAGCCCCUCCGCCGGCACCGUAUGGUCAGGCACAGCCGCCUAUGUACGGUGAAAUUGAAGGGAUGUAUGGCUAUUCCACCAUGCAACCACAGCAGGUAGGCCCCCACGUUAGCUAUGGGUCAUAG